CCUUUCAAUAAUUAUGUAAAUUGCGCUUCAUUAUUAUGUUACACAUACACAGAAUUGUAUUUUGUUGAAAGGUGCGUAACAAGAAACAAAAACAAUAAACACGGUACAAUAACAUGAGACGCACAUAUAUAUUUUGUAUGUACACUACAAAUAUGGUAAACAACCAAACAACAGUACUCCAAAACAAGUGUAUAAUCAAAGGGGCCAUUUAGAUAUAACAGUUUCUAAAUUAGUGGAGAUAUUAUUUGUAUUUGUUGUCAUUUGCAUCUGGGGCAAUCAAAAAACGUUUGUGUAGAUUACAAUGUGUUAAAACAGGAUGAGCAUUGUGUACGAUGUGUACUGUACACAUCUGUUGUACUUCCCGAUGGAGGGACCCUCCUGUUUCUUCCCAGGUCCGAUGUGAGGUCCCAGCACAGAGGAUGUGGUAUCUGCACCGAUAGUUGUUGUUGUUUGUUUACCAUGUUUAUAUUGGACACUUUAAUAUGUUUAUAUUUUGUAACGACGUUUUAAUUUAUUGUACUGUUUUUUUGUGCAGUGUUUACAGUCCUGUGACUUUAAAACAAUACUACAACAAAAAUCGAUCGGCGCUUUUAUUUUGUUAACACCGGAAGUGCCGCGCUCCAAUUCCGGCCGGCUUGACACUGGUGUGGAAAAAAGAUGGCUGCUUCGGCGGCAACGGCGAGUUCUUCCCCCAGCCUGUGUCCGAAUUACGCCGCGAUCUGCUCCUUUCUGGAGCGGUACGGAGCGCUGCUGGACCUGCCGGAGCUCACCUUCCCCCAGCUGGAGCGAUACCUCCGGGACACGUCGGCAGUGCCGAAGCUGCUCGUCGAUCUUCACGUGAAGCUGCUGAGGAAGAUCGGAAAGUCUGUGUCUGCCGACCGGUGGGAGAAAUACCUGGUGAAGAUCUGCCAGGACUUGAACACAACGUGGGCGUGGGAGCUGGAGCAGAGCGGCUACAAGGAGCUGUCUCUGGAGAGGAAGACGGGCAUCCUGAAGUAUUUGUGUGAGUGUCAGUUUGAUGAAAAUGUCAAGUUCAAAACCGCCGUCAAUGACGAGGAACCGGACAAGAUGCGCCUGCAGCCGAUUGGCCGCGACAAAGACGGCCAGAUGUACUGGUUCCAGCUGGACCAGGAGGACAACGUGCGGGUCUACCUGGAGGAGCAGGACGACGUGGACGGGUCCUCCUGGAAGUGCAUCGUCAGAGAGAGGAACGACCUGGCCGAGGUUCUGGCUCUGCUGAAGACACAAAUCGACCCCGAGCUGCUAAAAAAAGAUCAAGAAAACAAACCUGAAGGUGAAGUGAAAAAGGUUGAGGAUACCUCGGAUGAAGACUGCAAAGACUCCACCAAGGCCGUCGCCCCGAAGACGGAGAACCUGGAGAACCCGGAGAACCUGACGCAGAAAGAGGACCUGAAGUCAGAACCUUCCGACGCCAAGUCGUCCCUGAACGGCGUCGCCGAGGGAGGAAGUGAAGCCGAGCUCCACUCGGAGAAGUCUGCGGUGGAUCUGGACAUCGGAGAUAAAGCCCAGAGCAUCAAAGAGGAGCCGAUGGAGGAGACGGACGCCGGAACCACGACGAUCACCACGACGACCACAACGGCCGGCCAACCCGUCUCCGAGACGCCGCGCUUACCGGUGAAGGCUGAGCAACGAGAGGAGGCCAAGAAGAGCACGGCGGACGGGAUCCAACAGGCUCUGAACGACCAGCAGGCCAAGAUCCCCCUGAAGAAACGGGGGAUGAAGUUCACUGAAGACUUUGAGAAGAAGAGCGGCUUCGUGGCACAGAACCCGGCGGCGGCGGUUGUGAACGUGAAUGGAGAAGCUCCACCAGCUGAAGGAAAGAGAGGCGAGGAAGCAAUGGGGAAAAGAGAGGAAGAGAAGAACAAAGAAGGCUCGGGCAAAAAUAAUCCAGAUCCGGAAAGCGCUCCACCAAAAGAGAAGGCGGAGCCUCCAACAGGACCGCCCCUUUUACCGAAAGACGCGAAUAACGCGGCGGAGAAGCCGUCCGAUCACGAAGAGCGAGAAAGAAUAAAAGAAACUGCAAAAGAGUCAAAGAAAACCGGAGAGCCGGUGAAGGUCAAAGCCAAAAAUGUCGAGUCGACAGUGGCGCCGCGCGCCGCGGAGAAGUCCCCGGCUAACGGAACGCCGGGCGUCAUCAAACCGACGCCGUGCGAAGACAGAGGCGCCGCAAAGAAACCUGACGACCUGCCGUCCGUCAUCAAGAAGACGGACGCUCUGAAAGACGCUGACGGUGCGCUCAUCAAGGUCAGCGAGGUCAUCAAGGUCAGCGAGGUCAUCAGAAAGGCAGACGGACCGUUCGUCUGUGAGCGAUCCGGACGAGAGAACGUCGGGUCUUCUGUCAUUAAGAAGCUAGACGCGUCGUGUAAAUCUGCCGAGAAGAACGAUGACACCGAAGAGGCGGAGCCAAGUAAGAAGACGGUGGCCUGUGAGGACCGAGCGGUGCGUCAUGUUUCCAAGAUGGCUGCACCCGGACCGGUGGAGGCCGCCAAACUCUAUCCAAAGCCUCGAGGAGACGACAAGGCAGAGACCUCAGUGGCAAAAAGGAAAGAGGAAGCUUCUGGAGGAUCUGAUAACUCAUCCAGGGCCUCCAAAGAAAGUGAUAAAACAACCGACAGACCAGACCAGGAAACAGAAAGAACAGAACGCCCGUCAUCAGAGAGUAAAAAGGACACAGACAUUGGAAAGAAAAAGGACACAGACAAGGACACAUCUACUGACCAGAAGAAGGACACAGACAUUGGAAAGAAAAAGGACACAGACAAGGAAACAUCAACUGGCCAGAAAAAGGACACGGACAUUGGAAAGAAAAAGGACACAGACAAGGACACAUGCACUGGCCAGAAAAAGGACACAGACAAGGAAACAUCUACUGACCAGAAGAAGGACACGGACAUUGGAAAGAAAAAGGACACAGACAAGGACACAUGCACUGGCCAGAAAAAGGACACAGACAAGGAAACAUCCACUGGCCAGAAGAAGGACACAGACGUUGGGCAGAAAAAGGACACAGACAAGGACACAUCUACUGACCAGAAAAAGGACACAGACAUUGGACAGAAAAAGGACACAGGUGAGGAAACGAAAAAGGACACAGAUGAGGAAAUGAAAAAGGACACAGGUGAGGAAACGAAAAAGGACACAGAUGAGGAAAUGAAAAAGGACACAGACGAGGAAACGAAAAAGGACACAGACGUUGGAAAACAAAGGAAUCAGAAACUGUGUCAGAAGAAUAAACCUCCAGAAACAAAAGGGAACAAACGCGCUCACAAAGAAACUGAAUCUUUGACCAAAUCCUCAACCGAAGCGUUGAAAGACGGCAAAAAGCCCGCCGGCGAGGACGAGGACUCUGUAGCCCCGAAAGAGGUGGCGAACGGCGACGACGCUCUGACUUCCCGUCGCCUCAUCCGGCCCCGGGGCCACCGGAGGAAGGUCCGGCUCCAGAGAGAAGAGAGACCGGCGGACUCAGAGUCCGACGCCAACACGGGGAGGUCUCUCCGGAGAUCGCCGAGGAUCUCCAGACCCACGGCGAAGGCGGUGGAGAUCCACGACCGGAAGCUGGAGAGGACGCACGGCGAAGAGAAGGAGGAGAGCGAGGGGGAAAAGGAAAAAGAGGAGGACAAGGAGGAGGAAGAGGAGGUGAAAGCUGUUCAGAAGAAACCGAGAGAGAAAAAGGUGGAUCAGGAGGGUCAGCCCAAACCGAAGGGGAGGAAGAGGAGGAGGGUCCGGUGGUCCAACACGAGGACGCGCCGCAAAAAGAAAGGCUCCGAAGACGACGGCAGCGACGGGGAGUCCAGCGAGGAGGAGGACGAGGAGGAGAGCGAGGACGACAGCGACGAAGACUACAAGGUGGAGCGGAGCAAGAAGAGGCGGAGUCGCCACCGAGAAAGACGAAGCUCGGACUCGGCGACGUCCACGGACGACGACCUGCCGCCCAACGACGACCCCUGUAAACACUGCGGUCUCCCCAACCAACCCGAGCUGAUCUUGCUGUGUGACUCCUGUGACAACGGGUACCACACCGCCUGCCUGAGGCCGCCGCUCAUGAUCAUCCCCGAUGGAGAGUGGUACUGCCCGCCCUGUCAACACAAACUGCUCUGCGACAAAUUAGAAGAGCAGCUCACGAACCUCGACGCUGCUUUGAAGAAGAAGGAACGGGCCGAGAGAAGGAAAGAGCGUCUCAUCUAUGUCGGCAUCAGCCUGGAGAACAUCAUCGAGCCCUCGGGGGAGGUGGAGGAGGUGGAGGAGGAGGAGAAGCCCGAGAUCAUCAUCAAGGAGGAGAAGAAGCGGAGAGGGAGCUGGGGUCGAAGGUCAACGAGGACGAAGAAGUCCAUCAGCUACAGAUUUGAUGAAUUCGACGAGGCCAUCGAGGAGGCGAUCGAGGAAGACCUCAAAGAAGCGGAGGGCGGAGGAGCCGGGCGGGGCAAAGACAUGGCCAACAUCACGGGCCACCGAGGGAAGGACAUGUCCACCAUCCUGCAGGCGGACGAGGGCAAAGAGGACGCCCCCCCGCCUCGCCCCGCCCCCGUCGGCCCGCGCAGGAAGAAGCGCCGGCGGCUGAACGACCUGGACAGCGACAGCACGACGGAGGAGGAGGAGAGCGAGGACGAGUUCCGCGUCAGCGAGAGCUCGGAGGAAGAGUUCGUCGUGUCGGAGAACGAGACGGACGGCGAGUCGGAGUCCAACAGCGAGGCGGGCGGCGGCGCCAAGCGGCGCGGGAAGCCGCUGAAACGGCGGCGCAGCGUCAGGAAGAGGCGGAGGCCGAGAGGAUACUCGGACGACGAAGAGGAGGAAACGGACGAGGAGGACGAGGAAGAAAUAGUGACCGAAGGCUCCAGCGGCUACAGCGACAGCGACCUGGAUGUGAGUCGCCGGCGGUCUCGGCGGAGUCAGAAGAAGCAGGUCAACUACCACGAGACCUCCGAGUCCGACGGCUCCCGCAAGGAGAGCAACCGGCCCAGGAUGAGGCCCAAAGCCCGGCCGGACAGCUCGGACAGCUCGGAGAGUUCCUCCAGAGGCUCGGAGGAGGAGUCGCGGCAUCGGAGGGUGAAGAGGAGAGCCGACUCCUCGGAGGAAGAGGAGAAGGAGGAAGGCUCCCGGCAGCGGCGCCGGCGGCUCGCUCUGAAGCGCCGGAGAACCUCCGAACGCGACGACUCGGACGACUCGUCGGACGACUCGUCGGAGGAGGACCGCCCGGUCCGCAAACGGGUGAACCGCAUCGACUCCGACGACAGCGAGGAGGAGGAGGAGAAACAGAAGGAGGGGGGGAAAGAGGAGGAAGAGGAAGGGAAAGAGGAGGCGAAGCAGCAGGAGGAAGAACCAAAGGAGGAGGAAACGAAAGAGAAGAAAACGGCUGAAAAAGCAGACGAGGAGUCAAAGGGGACAGCCCCGGUGGGCGGAGCCCCGGUGGGCGGAGCCCCGACGGAGCCGACGCCCACCAACAGAAAGAGCCCGGCAGCGAAGGGCCUGGAGGGCGGAGCCAAGAACACGGGCGCCAACGGGCAGGCCGGCCCGGAGGCGGCGCCGCAGGAGGAAGACGAAGACGACCUGCUGGGGGUCACCGACCUCGUGGAUUACGUCUGCAAUAACGAAGAUUUGUAAAAACAACAACAAAAACAAAUGUGUACUGUUUCAUUUUUUGUGGUAUUGUAUUUUUAUAUUGCUUAACUUUAUUAUUCCCACCAACACUCAUCUGGACCUCGAGGCUCCAGCCCGUCCCUGUGGGACGGUUCUACGGCUCUUCCUCCUUUACCCUCAUCUUCGUCUUCAUCGUCGUCCAGCUCUACUGCCAAACCACUUCUUUUUUUUACCGGUUUUAUCUCACAGCCACAUAGAUGGAAAAUGAAAUGAAGAUCUGAACUGUGACUUUCAGUUCUCUCACGACUAAAAUAACUUGUUUUUAAAUGAUUUUAUGAUAAUCUCGAUGGUCAUUUUUUCCCCGUGAAAUCAGUUUGACUUAAAGUCAUUAAUGUGACUUCAGGCAGCAGCCGCUUAGCUUAGCUUAGCUAGCAGGGGGCCUGUUUCUCUGGGUCACGUCUGCUUCUAGCUAGCGUGACUAUGCUAACGGCGAUUUUGUUCCGUGCUCGAUCUUUUAAUAAUUAUGUUAAUGAGCGACCAACAACAUGAAUUAAAACAUGAAAGUGAUAAACUUUUAAAUCUUUUUUUUGUUUUCCAUAAAUCAUUGUUAUCUGACACGACAGUCGAGAUGUAACGCGAGCAGUUCCCCCCACUUCCAGUCUUGCUAAGCUAAGCUAGCGACAUGUUUUUCAUGUUUGUGUAAACUGUUGGAUGUUUGUUGACCUCUGGACUCGACCUCCAGCUGUGAUGGUCGCUCUGUAUAUCGUACACAUCGUUACUCCACCUGAGUCGGGUUGACUCCGCCCUCAUAACCUUCAGCUCUAGUCUAGUUUCCAGUUAUUACAAUUAUGUUAACUUUUAUUUUUUAAAUGUUUUUAUUAUAUCUACUUUUAUUUUAUUCGUCUGAGCGAAAUGUAAAGUGUCUUAUUUUUUAUUUGUACAUCGUCCUUCAUAGAAAUGUUAAAACACGUUUUUAUUAACUAAAAUGACAUUAAGCUCCAAAAACGCCCUUUUUCCUCUCUUCCUCUUCCUCCUCUUCCUCCUCUGGAUCUCCCUGGUCCCUCUUCACAUUCUCUAUUUCCAGGAGUUAUUUGGGACUUAAGACCUGAAAUCAAUAUUGUGCAGAAAUAACCAACUUAAUGUUUAGUUUUUAUGCGACGGAAACAAACCAAGGACAUCGUGGUGACAUCACGAUGACAUCACGUGACGUCGCGAUGACAUCACGUGAUGUCACGAUGACAUCAUGUGACGUCGCGAUGACAUCACGUGAUGUCACGGUGACGGCACUGACCUCUGCUGAAUCAGUCUGUAUCUGUAGUUCUUCUUUCUGUAAUAUAUUUAGAAGCAUUUUUUUUUUUUUAUCAUGGAAAAAUAUAUAUAUUGGGCAAUUCUUUGGGAUUGCAUGAGUUUGUAAUAGUUUUAUUUUGUAGGUUUUAUCGGCUCAGACCCACAAAGCGUGGGCGAGUUAAGGAUCCUCUCAACCCGUUAAGGAUUUAGAGAGAGAGAGAGGAUCCCCAUGGAAGUUAAUCUAGAACGCCCGCUUGUAAAAUAUGUUGUACAAUAGUCUGCAUGGUCAAAAACCACUUUAUCGUUUUAUAAACCGACUUAGAGAUCCCCACGAAACCGUUGUGUGGUUCUGGCCGUGCACACACACACACACACACACACAGCUUUUAGAUUAGCCUGACCGAAACAAACCAAUUCUACAAAUGUAAUAAUAGAGGUUUGUGUUCUGGGGGAACGUAUUAACGUACGAAGAUAACGUAUUAACGUACGAAGAGAACGUAUUAACGUACGAAGAGAACGUAUUGUCGUAAGGGGAGGGCGUAUUGACGCACUACGGUGCAUCGCGGUUCUGAAGAACCUUUGCGGGAGGAGGAGUGGCGGCUGCGACGCGGCGGAGGUGAAGCGUCGUUACCUCGUGGCGCCGGAGAGGCGCUAGUCCGCUGGUUGUUGGUGUUUCAUCUGCUUACUUUUGUUAACUUUACUGUUAUUUCAUAUGAAUCUUGUACAUUUGUCAUAAUAAAAUGAGUUUCAAGCCUCA